AUGUCGUUCCAAACGCUGGCCGUCGCCGUGAUCACGGUCGUCUACUUCGUCAUUCGCUACUUCAACCGCACGGAUGUGCCUAAGAUCAAGGGGUUACCGGAAAUCCCUGGGGUGCCCCUCUUCGGAAACUUGCUGCAGUUGGGCAACCAACACGCUACAGUAACAGCCAAAUGGGCAAAGAAGUUCGGCCCCGUCUUCCAGGUGCGCAUGGGAAACAAGCGCAUCAUCUUUGCCAAUAGCUUUGAUUCGGUGCGCCAAAUGUGGAUUAAGGACCAGUCAGCUCUGAUUUCGCGACCGACUUUCCAUACGUUCCAUAGCGUUGUGUCCAGCUCCCAGGGAUUCACCAUCGGUACUUCUCCGUGGGAUGAAUCCUGCAAGCGGCGCCGCAAGGCCGCUGCCACAGCCUUGAACCGACCGGCGACACAGUCUUAUAUGCCCAUCAUCGACCUCGAAGCCAACACUAGCAUCAAGGAGCUGUAUCGGGAUAGCAAGAACGGCACUCUUGACGUGAACCCGACCGCAUACUUCCAACGAUUUGCGCUCAACACCAGUCUGACUCUCAACUAUGGCUUUCGCAUUGAGGGCAACGUGAAUGAUCAACUUCUGAAGGAAAUUUGUGACGUUGAGCGUGGCGUGUCCAACUUCCGCAGCACGUCCAAUAACUGGCAGGAUUACAUUCCUCUGUUGCGCAUUCUGCCCAAGAUGAACAACGAAGCCCAGGAGUUCCGGGCUCGUCGUGACAAGUAUCUGACCUUCCUUCUGGACAUGUUGAAAGACCGUAUCGCCAAGGGCACAGACAAGCCCUGUAUCACGGGUAAUAUUCUCAAGGACCCUGAGGCUAAGCUGAAUGAUGCCGAGGUGAAAUCGAUCUGUCUGACCAUGGUGUCUGCCGGUCUGGAUACCGUUCCGGGAAAUCUGAUCAUGGGUAUCGCGUAUCUGGCGUCGGAAGAUGGUCAGCGGAUCCAGAAGAAGGCAUACGAGGAGAUCAUGAAGGUUUAUCCGGAUGGUGAUGCCUGGGAGAAAUGCUUGGUUGAAGAGAAGGUGCCCUAUGUGACUGCCCUUGUCAAGGAAGUUCUCCGAUUCUGGACCGUCAUUCCUAUCUGUCUGCCUCGCGAGAGCACCAAGGAUAUCCAAUGGAAGGGAGCUACCAUCCCCGCCGGCACCACCUUUUUCAUGAAUGCUUAUGCCGCCGACUAUGACGAGGAUCACUUUAAAAAUGCGACUCAAUUCAUCCCCGAACGCUACCUAGAGCUUGGGGACGCAUCUGGCACUCCUCACUAUGGAUACGGUGCAGGAUCCCGCAUGUGUGCAGGCUCCCAUCUGGCGAACCGAGAGCUUUUCACGGCGUUCCUGCGCUUGAUCACUGCAUUCAAGAUGUACCCGGCCAAGGAAGCCGAAGACCGACCAAUCCUGGAUUCAAUCGAGUGCAACUCUAUCCCAACGGCCUUGACCACAGAGCCUAAGCCGUUCAAGGUGGGCUUCGUUGCGCGCGAUCCCAAGAAAUUAGAGCAGUGGAUUGCGGAAAGUGACGAACGCACUAAGGAUUUGUGA